AUGUCAAGGGAAGAUUCUGAUAGCAUUCGAGAGGAUGUUGAAUCACAAGGAUCAGGAGGUCGCAGUAAACUACUUAGCAGACACGUCACUUUCAGGUCAAAUUCAAAUGCUAGUGAUAUCCCAGCAAAACGGUAUAUCGGCUCUACUAGGGAGCGUUCAUUAUCAGCGUGGAGAUUCUACUGUUAUUUGAUUACAUGGUGGGUACCCAGGUCUUUAUUAUCCUUAUGUGGUAUGAAAACAAAGGAACGAAGAGUGGCUUGGAGAGAAAAGAUCGGUUUGUUGUCAAUCAUUUUCUAUAUUGGAGUAUUUGUAACUUAUCUGACAUUUGGUUUGAGUAGCACACUUUGUAAUUAUUCAAGGCAACGUCUGCUACAUUCGGAGGUAGCUCCAACUUAUAUUGUAAUUAAUGGUGCAGCUUAUGAAUAUAUGCAUAAUUAUAGUAAUGAGGAUAAUCCUGACUAUAUUAUGGUAACCGAAGAUUCCCUAUAUGGUCCAUCGAAGUAUGGAGGGAAAGAUGCCAGUUUUUUGUUUCAAAAUGUUAAUGGUAAUUGUCAGGGUUUAAUUACACCUAGAAAUAAUUGUACAAUACCAAUUGAUGAAGAAAAGAACAUUGCUUGGUAUUUUCCCUGUUUAGUUUUACCAACCGAUCCAUUAUCUAAUGUGACUGAUAAGAAUACUAAGAUAAAUCCUCGAGAUUGUCAUCUUUCAAAUAUCACUAGAUCAACUUUUUAUGAGUUAGAAAGUGAAGCUGAUGUUUAUUACACUUGGCAAGAAGUGAAAAACGAUACAAGAAAUUUAGUAGUGUAUAAUGGUGACGUUUUGGAUCUUGAAUUGUUAGAUUGGAUUCUAACUAAAGACCUAGAUUAUCCACAAUAUUUUGAUGAAUUAAGAGGCUCGAAUUUACAAGGUUAUGACAUAUCUUUAAUAAUUAAUACAAAUUAUGAAAAACAGAUCGGAAGGUGUCUUUCUGAGAUUAUUAAAGUUGGAGAAAUUGAAUCACAAACUAUUGGAUGUAUUGCAGCAGACGUGGUUCUUUACGUUGCGUUGACAUUGAUUUUAGGGGCAGUUUUCACUAAAUUUAUUAUUGCUUGCUAUUUCCAUUGGGUUAUUGCUAAAGUACAAGGUGCGACCAAAUUGGAUUCAAAAUCUAUGCAAAAACAUAAUAAAGCUGUAGAAGAAUGGUCUGAAAAUAUAAACAUUCGAGGUCCCUUGGAAUCAAGUACCAAAUCAGUUUCAACGGCCAGUAGAUUAUCGAAAAUUAUUUCACUUGAAACUGCAUUGACAAAUAUGGGCAAGCGUGAUUCUUUGAUAAGGGAUGGGUUUUCCCAACUCACAUCGCUGGAGGUUCUAGUUAAUGAGGCAACUGAAAGUGCUAAUAAAAUAGAGUCACAAAAUAAAUCUGUUUCAGCCUCCCUUAAUGAUGAUCCGGUUAUCACUAAAACUUAUAACCGUGGAGGGCAUAAUGGCCACACUCUACAUUCAUCUCUGCUCAGUGAAAAUGUUAUACAACAACCAGGUAAUUCAUUCAUGCCUUUCAAUUUCCCAUUAAUUCAUACACUAUGUCUGGUGACAUGUUAUUCUGAAGAUAAAACAGGGUUAAGAACUACAUUAGAUUCACUUGCCAUAACAGACUACCCAAACUCACAUAAAUUGAUUUUUGUUAUCUGUGAUGGUUUGAUUAAGGGAUCUGGUAACGCACAGACCACACCGGAUAUAGUUUUGGAUAUGGUCGAAGAUUAUAUCAUACCACGUCAUGAAGUUUACCCUCAUUCUUACAUAGCCGUUACCUCUGGUCUAAAGAGGCAUAAUAUGGCUAAAGUAUACUCUGGAUUCUAUAAGUACGAUAAUGAUUCAAUACCGUUAGAAAAUCAACAAAGAGUUCCGAUGGUGGUUGUAGUAAAAUGUGGUACUUCAGAAGAACAACUUUGUGCAAAACCAGGAAAUAGAGGUAAGAGGGAUUCACAGAUUAUUUUAAUGUCUUUCUUGCAAAAAUUGAUAUUUAAUGAAAGGAUGACAAGAUUAGAUUUUGAAAUUCUUGUCAAUAUAUGGAGAAUCACAGGGUUAAUGGCAGAUGUUUAUGAGGCUAUCUUGAUGGUGGAUGCUGAUACAAAGGUUUUUCCAGAUUCCUUGACCCAUAUGGUUGCAGAAUUAGUGAAGGAUCCUGAGAUUAUGGGUCUAUGUGGUGAAACGAAAAUUGCAAACAAGAAAGAAUCCUGGGUGACUGCUAUUCAAGUCUUUGAAUAUUAUAUAUCACACCAUCAGAUAAAGGCAUUUGAAUCGGUCUUUUGUUCUGUAACAUGUUUGCCAGGAUGUUUUUCGAUGUAUAGAAUUAAGUCACCCAAAGGUUCUGAUGGCUUAUGGAUCCCAAUCCUGGUAAAUCCUGACAUUGUUGAGAAAUAUUCAGAGAACGACGUCACCACUUUACAUAAAAAGAAUUUACUGUUGUUGGGUGAAGAUAGGUAUUUAACAUCGCUGAUGUUGAAGACAUUUCCUAAACGUAAGCAGAUAUUUGUUCCAAAGGCAGCCUGUAAGACAGUUGUACCUUCGAAAUUUUCGGUGUUACUUUCUCAGAGGAGACGUUGGAUUAACUCAACGGUUCAUAAUUUGUUUGAAUUAGUCUUGGUAAAGGACCUGUGUGGGACUUUUUGUUUUUCGAUGCAAUUCAUUAUCAUUAUAGAAUUAAUUGGGACUCUGGUAUUGCCACUGGCAAUAUGUUUCACGAUGUAUGUCAUUGGGAUUUCAAUAUUCUCAUCGCCAACUCCGACAAUGACAUUAUGUCUGCUAGCACUCAUUUUAGGACUCCCUGGUGCAUUGGUUGUUGUUACAGUUUCUAGUUUUUCAUAUGUUCUCUGGAUGCUGAUAUAUAUCCUCGCUUUACCUAUUUGGAAUUUCAUAUUACCAACAUAUGCAUAUUGGAAAUUUGAUGAUUUCUCAUGGGGUGACACAAGAAAGGUUGCUGGAGAGAAUGCAAAUAAUGGGCAUGAUGAAUCAAAUAGCGAAUUUGAACAUUCUAUGAUUAGAAUGAAAACAUGGGAGCAAUUUGAAAAGGAGAUGACAAUACAGAGUCUUCCAACAAUAGAAGAAGUAGCUUAA